AUGGUGACGCUCCGUAGCCAGACACGAGCUGAGAAGGCCUCCCACUCGAGUUGGGCUCUUCUCCCUCAAGAGAUCCGCCGCAUGAUCCUAGAGGAUAUCUCUAGUCAAAGACGAUGGAGUUGUGCGUCCACUGUCUGUAAAGAAUGGCAUGCCAUUAUUGCAUCAAAAAAUCUUAAUCGACUUGAGUUGAGCGGAGCAUCCGCCGAAGGCCUGGAAACAAUCAUUCUGCAAAGGCACCUCAUUCGCAAAGUUUACCUCAACAUCCAGCUUCAUCUCUAUAGGUGUAGCCAGUGUCCGGGAUAUAUCCCUCCAUUUGUCCCUGUGAGGCUCAUCAAAGAGGCACUACGAAAGCUGACCAAAGCGCUCGCAACCUGGAGGCCUACACAUCAUAUAACGUUGGAGCUCAAUGCGUACUCACCGUCUGACCCGGAUCACUGCUUCAAGAACCAUCUUUACGGAUUCGAGUACGAAAAUGAUGUAAAUUUUCUUGAGAAGCAGAUAGUUUUGCAUGAUCCAGUCCACGGCUGGUUCAGAGGGAAGCAGGUGACGCCUCCAACGCCUGCAGCUGUUCAUCAGCUGUUCAGCACAAUCAUUCCAAAGAUCAGCGGCAAGAGACUCUCAAAAGUUCCAGCAAUUAAAAGGGUCGCGAUCCGCCGACAGAUGCGACGUGAAAUCGACCGCGUCGCGCUCUCCGAAUUGCUAAAGAAGUUCCCAAAUCUCGAGAGUAUCAACUACGAGCCGUGGCGGGUUCUGUUCCACAUACCAAAUUUACUUGGCUCGAGUUAUGACCAGAGUUUACAGGAUGGGCUUCCCACAUGGCCGCAGCACAUCAGAUCAGUGACCAUUUUCGAGGAUUUCAACGAACAGAUCAUGGAAGCUACUCGGAGGAACGUGAACUCGACCAUUAUUGUGGCAUCCAUGCAAAUAGAGACCCGCCGGCAUACAAAAUAUGAGCUGGGGGAAGCAUUUGCCGUGAAGAGCCGUAACCUCGGACAUCUCUCUGUGUCGUUCAUGAUCGAUGCUCGAGACUUCUUCACAGCUUGCAAGAUGAUGAGUGACUGGCCUCGACUCCGAUCGCUGAUACUCACAACGCCGCUCAUGACGAAAGGGUCUCGGGGCCGUAUAUCUGACUUUUUGGUGAAUGCUGGCCGAGUUGCGCAGAAGAUGCAGCAUUUGAAGAGCCUCGCGAUCUGGCACUGUUCUCGCGACGAUGCUAGUGCGGUCAUCUUCCACAAGAAUGAAGAUGAGGGCAUCAAGGUACAUGGCUCAGCGACUCUCACAUGGCGAGGAACACGCGAGUUCGACUUCAGUGAAGAAGUGGUUGAGACAUGGCAGAAAGUUGUCUGCACAUGUAAUUCUCAUCAAGGAUAUGUUGGCCAAUGCGACUCUCAUCAACUCCUUUGCAGGAUCGAACGAGUGGAGGGCGAAAUAAUCUCUCAUGGCGAUGCUAUCCACCAUCUCCGUUUGCCUGAUGGUGUGAUUGAUCCUACAUCGCUGUGGCAGAUACGCCAGGAAGGGAUAUUGCAAGCAGAGACCUGGGCAGUGAAAGCUGAGCCAGAUGAUGGAUCUGAGGAAGAUCAAUAGCGAAGCUGUUAUGAGGAGGAAACAAGAUCACUGUGGUGGCAUGAGCUGUCUGGGAAACAAAAGGAAGACUUGCGUUGAUUGUAGUUGCUUUGUGGAAGAAGUCUUUUAUUUUAAUACGCCGU